AGUUGCUUGCACGAUUCCAUCUUCGGAGAUGCCCAAAGUCCUUCACUUCUACGUUCGUCCCUCUGGCCAUGAGGGGGCAGCUUCGGGACACAUUCGAAGGAGACUGCAAGGGAAGCUGCCGGAGCUGCAAGGUGUCAAGACCGAGCUCUGCUACAAUGUGAACUGGACAGCCGAGUCUCUCCCAAGCGAGGAGGAGCUGAAGAAACUGACCUGGCUGUUCGGCUGCCCCUUGUUAUUGGAUGAUGUUGCUCAGGAGUCGUGGCUCCUUCCUGCCUCCAAUGACCUUCUGCUGGAGGUGGGACCCAGGCUUAACUUUUCCACCCCGACGUCCACCAAUAUUGUGUCUGUGUGCUGGUCUGCUGGGCUACGGUCUGUGGAUCGUGUGGAAAUAUCUCGGCGCUACCUCCUCUCGUUUGCCCAGCCUUUCUCAGCUGAGUUGGAGGCCAUCGCUCUGGCCACUCUACAUGAUCGGAUGACAGAACAGCACUUCCCGCAGCCCAUCCAGAGCUUCUGCCUUGGAAACAUUCCUGCUCCCCUCAAUGGCCCUGUCAAUAUUCUCUCUGAGGGCCGGCCAGCCCUGGAGAGAGCCAACGAGCAGUUCGGUCUGGCCCUGGAUUCCUGGGACCUGGAUUUCUACACCAAGCGUUUCCAGGAGCUUCAGAAGAACCCGACUGUUGUGGAGGCCUUCGACUUGGCUCAGUCCAAUAGUGAGCACAGCCGUCACUGGUUCUUUAAGGGCAGGCUCCACGUGGACGGGCAGGAGCUGACCCACUCCCUGUUUGAGUCCAUCAUGAGUACCCAAGCAUCCUCCAAUCCCAACAACGUCCUCAAGUUCUGUGAUAACAGCAGUGCAAUCCAGGGGAAGAAAGUCCAGUUCUUGCGCCCCAAGGACCCCACACAGCCAAGCUGCUUCCUAUCACACCAGGGGCUGAGACAUGUUGUCUUCACAGCGGAGACCCACAACUUCCCCACAGGAGUCGCCCCCUUCAGCGGUGCCACCACAGGCACGGGAGGCCGGAUCCGAGAUGUCCAGUGCACUGGCCGAGGCGCCCAUGUGGUGGCUGGCACUGCUGGCUACUGCUUUGGAAAUCUCAACAUCCCAGGUUACAGUCUGCCCUGGGAGGAUUCCAGCUUCCAGUAUCCUGAAAACUUUGCCCGGCCCCUGGAGGUAGCCAUUGAGGCCAGUAAUGGGGCUUCGGACUACGGCAACAAGUUUGGGGAACCCGUGCUAACAGGUUUCUCCCGCUCCUUCGGCCUCCAGCUCCCAGAUGGCCAGCGGCGUGAGUGGAUCAAGCCCAUCAUGUUCAGUGGGGGCAUUGGGUCCAUGGAAGCUGAGCAUGUGAGCAAGGAGCUCCCGGAAUCAGGCAUGGACGUCGUGAAGGUUGGGGGUCCGGUGUACAGAAUUGGAGUUGGUGGUGGCGCUGCUUCCUCUGUGCAGGUCCAGGGGGACAAUGCCAGUGACCUAGACUUUGGGGCUGUGCAGCGGGGAGACCCAGAGAUGGAGCAGAAGAUGAACCGCGUGAUCCGGGCUUGCGUGGAGGCCCCUGGAGGAAACCCCAUCUGCAGCCUCCAUGACCAGGGUGCCGGAGGCAACGGCAAUGUCCUGAAGGAGUUGAGUGAUCCCGCUGGAGCUGUCAUCUAUACCAGCCGCUUCCAGCUGGGAGACCCAACCCUGAAUACGUUGGAAAUAUGGGGUGCUGAAUACCAGGAGUCAAAUGCCCUCCUGCUGAGGCCCCCUCACCGGGACUUCAUGAAUCGCGUCAGCGCCCGGGAACGCUGCCCAGCUUGCUUCGUGGGCACCAUCACUGGAGACAAGAGAAUAGUACUGGUGGAUGACCGAGAGUGUCCCGUGGAAAGAAAUGGCAGCGGUGAUGCCCGCAUGGCAUCUCUUCCCACCCCCGUAGACCUGGAGCUGGAGUGGGUUCUGGGCAAGAUGCCACGGAAGGAAUUCUUCCUCCAGAGAAAUCCUCCCUCGCUGCAGCCUCUGGUCUUGCCCCCGGGGCUGACAGUACGCCAGGCUCUGGACAGGGUUCUGAGGCUGCCUGCCGUGGCCAGCAAGCGCUUCCUCACCAACAAGGUGGACCGCUCUGUCGGUGGCCUGGUGGCACAGCAGCAAUGCGUUGGGCCCCUGCAUACUCCUCUGGCAGACGUGGCGGUGGUGGCCCUGAGUCACCAAGACACAGUUGGGGCUGCCACGGCUCUGGGAGAGCAACCAGUCAAGAGCCUGCUGGACCCCAAGGUCGCCGCUCGACUGGCCGUGACAGAAGCCCUCACCAACCUGGUGUUUGCUCUGGUCACUGACCUUCGAGAUGUGAAGUGUAGCGGCAACUGGAUGUGGGCUGCCAAGCUCCCCGGGGAAGGCGCAGCCCUGGCCGAUGCCUGCGAGGCGAUGGUGGCUUUGAUGGCAGCCCUGGGUGUAGCCGUGGAUGGCGGCAAGGACUCCCUCAGCAUGGCCGCCCGAGUGGGCUCUGAGACUGUUCGAGCUCCUGGGUCCUUGGUCAUCUCAGCCUAUGCUGUUUGUCCGGACAUUACUGCCACUGUGACCCCCGACCUCAAGCAUCCCGGAGGGAAAGGCCAUCUGGUCUGUGUACCCCUGAGCCCCGGGCAGCACCGCCUGGGAGGCACGGCUUUGGCCCAGUGUUUCUCCCAGCUGGGCGAUCAGCCGCCCAACCUGGACCUCCCUGAGAACUUGGUACAAGCCUUCAACAUCACCCAGGGAUUAUUGCGAGACCGUCUCCUCUGCUCGGGCCAUGAUAUCAGUGACGGGGGUCUCAUCACUUGUCUGCUAGAGAUGGCCUUUGCCGGGAAUUGUGGGAUAGUGGUAGACAUGCCUGCCCAUGGAGUCGAUGCACUGGCCGUGCUGUUUGCUGAGGAGCCUGGCCUCGUGUUUGAGGUUCAGUACCCCAACCUGGCCCAAGUACUGAAACGUUUCCGGGAUGCUGGCCUCCACUGUCUGGAGCUGGGCCGCACAAGUGACGCUGGGCCCCAAGCCAUGGUCCAGGUGUCUGUGAAUGGACGUCAAGUUCUGAAGGAGCCUCUUGGCCUGCUGCGAGCCCUCUGGGAGGAGACGAGUUUCCAGCUAGAUCGCCUACAGGCUGACCCCCACUGUGUGGCGGAGGAAGAACGGGGACUGAGGGAGCGCCUGGGGCCCAACUACUCUCUGCCCCCCACAUUUCCCAAAGCUUCUGUGCCCCAUGAACCUGGUGGUCCAGCCCCCCGAGUUGCCAUCUUGCGCGAGGAAGGCAGUAAUGGAGACAGGGAGAUGGCUGACGCUUUCCACCUGGCAGGGUUUGAGGUGUGGGACGUGACCAUGCAGGACCUUUGCUCGGGGACAAUUGGCCUGGACACCUUCCGAGGUGUCGCCUUUGUGGGAGGCUUCAGCUACGCCGAUGUGCUGGGCUCUGCCAAAGGAUGGGCAGCGGCCGUGACCUUUCAUCCUGUAGCCGGGGCUGAGUUGAGGCGCUUCAGGGACCGGCCAGACACCUUCAGCUUGGGCGUGUGCAACGGCUGCCAGCUGCUGGCUUUGCUGGGCUGGGUGGGAGGAGACCCCAAUGGGGAGGCAGAGAAGGUGGCCCAGCCAGCCCGGCCUGGCCUCCUCCUGCGCCACAACCUGUCCGGACGGUUCGAGUCCCGCUGGGCCAGCGUGCGAGUGGGAUCCGGCCCUGCCCUGAUGCUGCGAGGAAUGGAAGGCGCCGUUCUGCCAGUGUGGAGUGCACAUGGGGAAGGCUACAUGGCAUUUUCCUCCCCAGAACUCCGAGCCCAAAUGGAGGCCAAGGGCUUAACACCUCUGCACUGGGCGGACGAUGAUGGGAACCCCACAGAACAGUACCCCUUGAAUCCCAACGGCUCCCCAGGUGGCGUGGCUGGCGUCUGCUCCCCGGAUGGCCGCCACCUGGCGCUCAUGCCUCACCCGGAAAGGGCUGUGAGGCCUUGGCAGUGGGCAUGGCGGCCUCCUCCGUUUGACACUCUGACCACCUCCCCCUGGCUCCAGCUCUUCAUCAAUGCCCGAAAAUGGACCCAGGAAGGAGGCUGCUGAGAUGUCCAGGGAGGCCACCGAGACCUCCUGGUUUGUGACUGG